AUGUUGAAUUAAAAACAGAUGAAAAUAAGGAUGAGGAUGAGAUUGAAAAUUGUCACGAAAAUAUUGAAACAGAAAUGGAAAUGGCGACAAAUAUUAAUGAUAAUUCAUUACUUAUUCCAACAGAAUCAUCCACUGUAUUAUCAGUAGCAUGUACGCUUGAUGCAAAA